AUGGGCACGCGACGUCAAAAUCAUUCCUGCGACCAGUGCAGGAAGUCGAAAAGAGCCUGCGACGCGCCCAGCUUCAAUCGCGACCGGUCCGCAGCCGGUCCCCCUCAUGGUCCCGGCAUUACAAAUAUCGUCGCCCCCGAACCGUGUUCCUACUGUCUCAAGACGCGAAAAACCUGCACCCUCGACUGGGCUAUCCGGCUGCACCGGCAAACACACUCGCGCUUCUCUCGGGUCCAACCCAAAAACGCCCCCAAGGAUUCGAACGCGAGGAGUAACGAUACAAAGAAUGGAGCAGAAACUGCGUCACGAGGUGCUGUUCAUCUUCCCCACGAUGGUUUCGUACUCAACGCACCCAUCCAUCAGCGCGGCAUAUUCCAUGAUGCUCCCGUCCCCGACGCAGGAAACUUCGUGACAUGGCCCGAAAGCAACCUGCCGGACCCCCCGGCCUUUGAUCACUCCUUUAGUCUACCGCCAGACCAACAUACCGCCUUGGUAAGCAGCCUGUCCUCGGACGCGCUGGCUGAACCCUCGGCCGACCUGAGUCGACUGUCCCAAGGUCUGUCAAAUGCGUCAAACAAUACAACCGGCGAAGACAGCGUUAGCGAUGUCUACGAUAUCACCUGGGACUCACGGCACACUUCUGUCACUGGACAUGGCGCCAGGUCCAUCACAUCGUCCACCAGAUCAGACCGGACUCCACCCCGGAGUGAUGGCUCAGGAUGGUCUGGCUACCGACGUGGCUCAAACAAUUGGAGCUGUCAUAGCCAGUCUCUCUCACCGUACUCUCCCAACCAAGCCAUUCCCGCCCAAUCCAUCAACCAUUUCAUAUCUACCGGCCUCCUCAAGAUAUACCACGACGUUCUUGAGAACAACCUCACAUGCUGGGUUACAGAGACCACAUGUCCUUACAAGACGCGCGACCUGACAGUCUACGCUCCGAGUCCCUCGGAUGCUACCAACGAAUGGGGCCCCAGCUGGUCCAACCGCAUCUAUGCCAGGACGUUACAACUGGAUAAGGUGGCCUUGACGAAUCGCAUGAUUCACCUGACACAUUCCGAGAAUCAAGCUGUCACGAGGGCACUCAACCUCUGCAUUGCCGCCUUUGCCUCUCAAUGGGCCCAAGGCAGUCGGCGGCAGUCAGAGACGUAUCAUGUCGGCAGCGACUUUGGUGAAUCGCCCGGUCCUACGCCAACGGAGGAGUUUGAUCGAAACAUCCAACGGCAGUUGUGGGAACAGGCCCGCGAGUCGCUCCAGAGGCUCUCUGACGUCGAGUGCUUCAGGAUGGCGGCUGCUGAGUUCAUCUUUGGGUUGACUCAAAAGCCAUUUGAUUCUCAUGACCAGCCUUUGGAACCAGCAAUUCCCGACGUGUUUGCUGGUGUCACCGGCGCUCAAGGGCUCAAGUCUCUGGUUAUGCACAACCUCGAUGAUCUGAUAUCUACUGAAGGCCCACCCAUCUACAUGGAGAGAGCGGCGCGGAAAAUGCAGGCCCUGAAAUCACGAGUCGACACAAUGCGUUACAAGUCGAGGCGAUCAGACAACAAGCCGAUGCUCAGUUACGAAGAUCAUGCAACCAUUGAUCUUCUCUACUGGCUUGCCGUCAUGUUUGACACAAUUUCUUCGUCAAUCAACGAUCGGCCAGUAGUUGUCAAUGAUGAGGAAAGCCAACACCACGCCUUCCCCGAGUCCAAUCGUUCGGUGGUAUCUCAGCUCAACGAAGGUACGACUAUUGGGAGAUGGGAUAUCGAGCUGUUCAUACAAGACAAUAUCCACGAACCAAAGAAGAUCCCACAGUGGCCAUGCUCCCACAACGAAGCAGCGGAUUCGAUAAUACGGUCUGCACCCAUCAAAGUGCUUUUCUUCCGACAGGUGUCCUAUCUGCAGAGCAUGGUUCGGAACAACACGAGGGGAAAGCCCCUCGAUGAUCUGAUCCACACCACCACCUGUGUCUACAGGUACUGGGAGAUGACAUACGGCCGAUUCUUCCGGGCAAUGGUCGACGAUAUCAACUUUGUGCCGAUCCGUAUCCAAGGCUGGUUCCUCUGCAUCUGGGCCCACUUCCUUCUCGCCUCGCUCAUUCUGGGUGACCUGAUCGAAUACGUGGAUACCAACAAGCUAGGCACUCCCUCGGGCACGCAGAGCCGUCUGGCGAUGAACACUGUCUCUACUAUCCGCAAUGACAGUGUUAGACAUCUCGCCGAUCUGGCGAGAAUCUCCACCCCGCACCCCGAAGACUCAAGCAGGAUGGCUCAGGUCGAUUUUCACCAUGCUGUCAAUGAGUCAGUGAUACUGACUGAACCAUGGACCAUAAUUCUCAUCAAAGCAUUCAGCUCGGCCGCAACCAUCCUUCUAGGCGUGGCGGAGGAGGCUAUCACCAAAGGUAGCGGCUUGGGGACCGGUGGUGAGGAGCUCGUGGCCGGGCUCCGGAUGGAAGAGGAGUGUAUCAAGGCACUCUGGAAUUUGGGAAAGAAGUCUGAUCUAUCACGAAAGACGGCCGAGGUUCUAUCCAUGGCAUUGAGCAGAUUGCACGCGUCUCUUGGCACAGGGUUCUAG